UGUGUGUGUGUGUGCGCCUGCGUGUGUGUGUAAAUGCACCGUUUUUUUCGCAAGGUCAUCGUUAGGCUAUAGAGACUGCAGGAGGGGGUCUUGCUGUAAGAGGGGGCUCGAGAUGGGUGUUGCUGGGGGUUUUCUGGUAGAGGAGACCCUCAGACUGUUCAUUCAUCCCCCAUUCAUCUCUCAUCUAUCCCUCAUUCAUCCUCUUCAUCCUUUCAUCUCAUCAUGUUCUUCUGCUCAGGUUCUUCUCCUGCUCGGAAAACUUUGGAAGGACAGUAAGUCUUCCAGGACACCACCACUGAUUUUGGAAUAUUUCGAUUGAAUUGAUACAGUUGGACUCAGAAUGGGGUCUGUCCCAAACCCCAAACGGACUGUUACUGUUCAGAUGGUCCCACAACUGACUAGCACGGAUACCUUGGGUAACAAAGAGACAAACGCCAACUGGGACCAGGAAUCAAAUUUGAAUACGAGCCGGGGGCACUCCUCUGCUCAGAAAAAGAAACCAGAUCAGGAUAAUAUGAAUCUGAAGUCCUCCUGUAAAGGUCCUGCACAUCAGGGAGACAUAAUCUUGGAAGGAACAUCCAACUCUCCUUGUUCUGGCAGUGGAGGUCAUGGAAACCCUGAGGCCCAGGAACAUGCAAACACCAAGCUGGGUCAAUGUGUCAACAAUGCUGAGGAAGGCCACAAGGAUGGCAAUGCUAAUUCAAGACCAUUAUCAGCCCUUUCUGCCAAAAGGGACGAUGUUUCUGUGUCUAGCCCGUCAUCUGUUGUUACAUCACCUCAAGCUGACAAGGAGACGAAUGGCAAUGGUGCAAAAAUGGCAGCUGCCAAGGAUGGGUGUGAAGAUAAAAUACAAAAUAGAGUAUCAGCAACUGAGGAAACCAUAUCCUCUACCGGUUCAGGGCAUAAUCAGAAACUAAGCGACACCAACAACCCAAAGCUGACCCAAACAGACUGCACUAUGCUUUUACCCCAACAGAAUACACCUGCCAGCCCUGGUAACUUAAAACAGGAUGUUAAAAAGGACGUAAACAAGGAUGCUUCCUCUUGCACUAUGAGAUCUGACCAAGACCUGGCCACCAGAGUGGAUCAGAUGAAGAAACCACCACCUGAAUCAACUGCGAAACCUGCAGCGGAAGUUUCCUCAAGAGGAAUUACAACAGAUGUUUCUAAACCAGCAGAAAUCUCUCAGCCAAAACAGAGCAACGAGAACGCAGUCCAACCAGAGAAAGCACAGCCAAUACCUGGUAAACAGAAAGAUCAUGAAUCUGGAUGCUUAGCAAGCAAUUCCAAACCCGACCAGUCCCCUUCUGUCCAGCCCCCAGUCCCAAAAGACAGUAUUCCCAAUCGCCCUGAGACCUCCCCAAAUCAAUCCUCCCAUACACAAGCGAUCAAUGAAGCAAUUCAAACACAAAACUCUGCUUCAGAGGACAGUAAAAAGCACUGUAAGCUCUACUGCGAGGCUUCCACCAUGACCUCUGCUACCGAUUGCAGCCCCUUGCCCAACAAACAUCGCCAGGAUGUGGAAGUACAGGCCGUAGCUACAGUCUGCAGUCGAGCUGUAGCGACAAGUCCCAGUCUCUUUAAGCCCCAGCCCAAUCAAACAUGCUUCCCUGCUCAGACAGACGAAGCCGAGGACCUGACAGUAGUCUACAAACUGGACAAUUCAGAGGUUCCUUCACUUGUACCCUCCCAAAUUCUGAUGGGCACUUCCAUUAGUUCAACUUCCCAGACCAUCAUGACCAUAUCAGACAAGGUUUCCCAAGCUGGCAGCGUUCUGGUGCACACAGAUUCCGCCCAACAACAGGAAUCCAGACUUGGAGCCAAGCCUAAAGAGCCUGGGCCUCCUCUGUACAACACCCAGAAAGGAUAUCCUCCACUUCAACCAGUUUAUCAGAUCAAUAUUGAGUCGGUCAGCCAAAACAAGCCUUCAGCUGAGGCUAGCUGCCACAGUCAGGGUAACAAAGCCUCCCCUGCGCCUUCCGCUUCAGACACGUCGAAUCAAGACUCUGUAGGGAAGGGACUUUGUGAGGUGCCUACCACAGCAUCUGAUCAGGCCUGUCGAGUUCUGUCUGACACAAGUGCUCAGUCAGAGCAAGCAGCCAAGCCUCCUGCUGCUAAAUCCCCGCUUUCACAGCCCGCGCCCCCUCCGCAGGAAGCCGUUCCAUGCGUAAAAGCUAACAAAGCCAAAACAGAGGCUAAGAAAGCAGCUCCUGUGCAGUUGUCAAGUUCCGCAUCAAAGGACAAAGGCAAAUCCAAGGUGGCUUCUUCCAAGUUGGAGCCGGAGAGGGACAAGAAGAACGAGGACAAGGCGGCCAAGCAGAACAAGAAGAGCGUACACGAUGUGGUUUGGGACGAGCAAGGCAUGACUUGGGAAGUUUACGGUGCGUCGCUGGAUCCCGAGUCGCUCGGCUUUGCCAUCCAGAGUCACCUCCAGUGCAAGAUCAAGGAGCACGAGAAAAAGAUCGUAGCUCACACGUCGCUCAGGAAAUCCAUGUCCGGUGGACCCACUGACUCACCGUCGGGGAGGAAGGGCAAACGGAGGCAGGCUAACGUGUUCAGGUCCAUGUUCCAAAAUGUCCGACGCCCCAACUGUUGCGUACGCCCACCCCCGUCGUCCGUCCUGGAGUGAGAACUGCUAAGUAAAGGCGGUCCCACGGUUGCUUGUUGCAGGAUAUUACCUAUAUUCCCCGAGAUUGUUCUAGUGCAAAGCAUGACAGAACUAAUACCCCACCGCCCCUUGUUCCUGAUGAAGAAAAUUUUUGUGGCAUUUAAAACCUGUUGGUGAUAUGAAGUCGGUGUUAGAAGGUGGAAAACUGUCUUAUUAGAGGAAAUAUUUUUAGAGAUUUAAAGAAGAUUUACACAUUUGCAGUCGACACCAUAAGUAUUUGGACAGUGACACAAUGGUUGUAAUUUUGCCUUGGUUUGCCAUGGAUUUGAAGCAGUCUGCCAUUUAUUUUAAAGCAAAAAGUUCCUUUUUUCCUUUCUAUUCCUUGUUACCACAUGGUUCCUACAUUUCCACAGGCUUAAAAGUAAUUGGACGAACUAACAUGCUCGUUAACGUCAUCCUUGGGUUCCAGACUUCAGGCAAUCACCUAAUGCUGAGUUUCUUCUCUUGAGAUGCUAUAUGCUUUAUCGGGGUGUUAUUGCAGGCGUAUUCAGUUGCUGCUGGGUUUUGUCUUUCUGCUUCAGCUUAGUCUUCAGUUAGUGAAAAUCAUGCUCGGUUAGUUUGAGGUCAGGUAACUGUAUCUGACAUUUAGGAUAAUUUCAGAGCUGUGUCCAAAACCAGUGUGUAAAAAUACUAUAGAAUAGGGCUGAACGAAUAAUCGUUUUUAAAUUAAAAUCACGAUUUGAAUGGAUGUGAUUUUUUAAUCGCAGGAGCUACGAUUUGAAUUAUCCAAUAAUUUAAAAAUAAGCCAAUAAUUAAAAAAUAAAACUGACAACUGCAUUUAAUCUGAAAACCCUGGGAAUAUUUUAUGUGAAAAUAAGUUUAUAAUUAUAUUUGAUAGAUAUGUUACCACUAAUACAGGUUUAGGGUUUAAUGGAUUAAAAAUAAUCACAAUAUAAAUCGCAAUAUUCUGUGGUAAAAUCACAAUUAAUUUUUUUUUGCCCAAAUCGUGCAACCCUAGUAUAGAGCAUUAUUAACAAGUUAAAUAGGAAUUAUUUGGUACACUUUGUUACAUGUGAAUUCAUUGCUGAACAUUCUAAAUGUCAUUCUUCCUCAAAGAAGCUGCACACAAAUCUUUAAAUCAAACAUCACAGUAAAUGACAGUAUAUAUAGUGUAUUGUGGGAUUUAUAGUAUUGCGCUGUGUUUUUUUUAGAAACUGAAAGUAAUUUCUACAGUCUAGUUUUGAAACUGCUUAUGUAUCUUGGCCUGAAAGCAGUCGGGAUUAGUUUCUCGGGGGGACGUCUGUGAGAAAUAUUUCACACUUCUACUCAGUGAUAAAACUCCUGCAUCUGGACUGCACCUGAAAAAACAGGAGGACCAGUGAGUUUUUGGUAUUCUCUGCGGUCACAUGACAUUGCGCUCAGUAGCUCCUCCAUUUCCUUUAAAUGUUAUGUUAAUAUGGAUCUCCAAGGAAACGUUUGCCCAAAGUGUAAUUACGGUGCAUAGCCGUUGACAAAUAUCUAUUUUAUUAAACGCGAGGUGAUAAAACUCAGAUAUGAAAAUAAAGACUGAAAUAAAAAUUACCAGAGCUCAGCGAAAAACAGUAGAUAAUUCAGGCUGUAACUUUUUUUAGAGGACAUCUAAGAAAAACACAUACAUGGUUGUUUCAGACUUGAAUAAAAUCAUAGAGGACCCCCAUAAAAGAGAAAAUUAACCCAGGACCCCUUAAGAAACUAAUCCUGUCUGGAUAGGGCUUAAUUUUACACCACUGGCCAAGUAAAAAAAUGUGAUUUGAACCCCAACCCCUAUUUUAAGGUAUGUUUUGGUCAUUAUCCACUAUCUAGUUGAAUCUGAGCAGAGAGUAUAUCUCUUUUUUUUUUAGCUGUCUGGUCCUAAAUAAACAGCAGUUACCAAGCACUAACAGUGCCUCCACCAUGUUUAACAGAUAAUGGAAUGCUUUGGAUCAAUGAAUCCCUUUUAUCCCUUUUAUCCUCCAUACCCAAAGUUCUUGAUCUUGCUUUUUCUGUUCAGAGCUUCUGAAUCUUGUUCUAGAUCUUGGCAGGCUUUACUGAGGUUUUCUAGCAAAGUCAGCGGUUUGCCUUUUAAAGUAAACCCUACCUUCUUGUUAAUGUUAUUAAAUUGAUUCAAUUUUGUCAAGAGGUUUUUCAUCACUAAGAAAAGAAGUCAGUUAUCUUUCACUAUUUUAUCUUCAUGUUCUUCCAGGCGUUUUGAUGUUGAUCUUGCUGGUGCAUUGCAUUCUGUUGGUAGAUUGCUAUUUUAAGAAUCUACAAAAUUGACAAUUUUUUAAGUUUCUGCUCUUUUUUAUUUAUUUUAUUGUGGUUUAAUGAGAGCUUGUAGGACUUUUUUAAUCUUAGCUCUUUAAAUUAUCAUGUAAUAAUGAGGAAACUGAUGAAAACUGCUUUACUAUUAAGCCUGUAAAAAUGGAAAAUGAAAAUAAUUCCUAACAUUUUUUUUUGUUUUAGUUUUUCACUUCAAAUGCAAAUGCAAGUUGCAUACAGAGGCAAAAUGAUUAAAAUUGUGUCACUGUCCUGAUACUGUACCUGACUAUGCAUUGCACUGAUUAUCAGAUGUAAGCAUACUAAUUAUACUUUUUUCAAACUCUGUGCAGAUGGAUUGAAACCCUUAUUGUACUCCUAUUACAGUAAACGUGUUUGGUAAAUAUUUGUUUUGCAUUUUUAGGGGUGAAUUGGCCUGAGUUUAUAACAUCCAUCAGUUUGUUUCACAGACUCAUUAAAUUAGAUCGGUAGUCUUGAUAAAGAGUAAAAAAAGAAAUCCACACUCUGUGCUUGUUGUCAUAUAGUAAGCCUAUGUGUAUCUAGGUGCCAUAUCCAAACACAAUGUUACCUUGAUUUUAUAUUAAAAUCAUGCAGAGAUUACUGUAAA